AUGAAGCUAGUAGCUGUUAGAUCUACUGCUGAUGUCAUGUCAGUCCAACAGAUCCAUCUCUGUGAUCUCUUCCCCGAGAUGAGGCUUCUGUGGAAGGGCGGCUCCUGUGGAAAGGCUAUGAUUAUGCCUUCACCCCCCUCCCUCGGCAGGCCAUGGGUUUGGAUGGUGGUGGUGGUCAUAUGGCUCCCUGGUGCUCUGGAGAAGUGUAUCUUUGAUGAGGUUCAGCAGUCGGUCACAGUGGUCACCACACCCACUGAUCCAGACGGACCUCACCCUAAGACGACGGCCAGUAGCAAUGUUGGGCAACAGACUCCACUUACUGCUUCAGAGGACACAGUGGCUCCACCCACAAACCAUCCACAGCCAAUCAGGAUCCGUACCUGGGUUCCAAGGGAUAGCCCCGCCCUGUCUCAGGUGGAAAGCAAGAGACUGGAGCCAGCAGUCAGGGAGGCUGCGGGCAUCGUGUCCAGCUUGCUGUCAGUAAACAGAGUCCCUGGUCAUCUGCUGCUCAGCAGAGACAUCAACAAGUACUGCAAGUUCAUAUGGAGGAAUGCCAGCUCUGCCAACUAUAACAAGUGUGGCCGAGCCAAUGAGAACUACAGGACGGAGACCUGUCUGGAUGUCAUUAUCCCAGAUGAUCACCUGAGUGGUUGUUCAGUGUACUCAGAGCCUGAUGCACCAACCAUGACUGUGAUAAGGCCUGAGGGGGCGGGACUUCCUGACACUGACUUCCUACUUUACCUCCACGCACAGAGCACCGACAAGUGUCGAGCGAAGCCCGGUGUGUUGGCCUAUGCAGUGCACUGCCAGACUGACUCCCAGGGUCGACCUCUGGCUGGAGUGGUGGUCAUCUGUAGGGACAGACUGACUGGGGAGGGAUACAGCCACCAAGGCACUGUGCAGACAGUGAUCCACGAGUUGUUCCAUGCAUUGGGUUUCUCCAAAGAACUCUUCAGCACCUGGAGAGACUGCUCCUACUCACAACAUGAGACGGGUCAGGUCAGGAUCUACACCCAAUCAGUGAUCAGAGCCCUGCAGGACCACCUGUUAUCUACUGACCCUGAGCUGGGAGGACCACUGGAGAACCUGGAUGUAGGUUAUAGGGGUCUGUCCUCUCAUUGGGAGUCCAGGGUGCUACAGGGUUCCAUCAUGGCUGCAGCCCUGGGGGAUCCAGCUGUGGUGCGUGUCGACCCGGUCACCCUGGCCGCCCUACAGGACACGGGCUGGUACUCUGUCAACCACAGCCGAGCACAGAGCCUGGUGUGGGGAAAGGGUGAGGGAGCAAUGUUUGGAUCACUGUCCACCUGCCAUGACAACUCCUCCUCAUUUUUCUGCACAGGCAGUGGUUUAGGGUGUCAUUAUCUUCACCGCCACAAGGGGGAGUGCCAGACUGACCCUCACCUGGAUGGGUGCCGCAUUUACAAACCUCUAAUGGUGGGUCUUCUGCUCUUAUUUACUUCCAGUGCGUGCUGGAAAGAGGAGAACGAGAGAGAGACUGAAACAGAGUGGAGUGGAGAGUUGUACCGUAUAGACAGCCGAUGCUUCUUCUCUAACCUGAGCAGAGAGAAUGUCUCCCUGUCUGUCAGUGACUCUGUGGUGGGGCGUUGUUAUAGACACAGGUGUACUGGGCUGAACCGGUAUCAGAUACAGGUGUCUGGCUCUGACUGGUUGGACUGCCCAGUAGGAAGCACCAUUGAGGUGACAGGAUACAGGGGGUUAGUUGCAUGUCCUGACAAGAGGUUGUGUUAUUACCCUGACAUUGGUCUCUCCAUCGACAACCAGGACCCCCACUCUCCAGCUGACUCUACUAAAGGCACAGUGACUACUGAGAACGAUCCCCUGUUACAUCAGAACACAAUCCCUGACCCGAGCCUGACCUUUGACCCUGACCCUACUUGUGCAGAACCAGGGGUCAGUACAGACCCCACCUUGGCUCCAGUCCUGGGGGUCAGUGCUUCUGUCUGUCUCCUGGCUGCCCUGAUGGUGGCCCACAGGAGGUAUCGCUCCUCCAGAGUCAGGGUUAAUGCUGCCCCUGAGGCCCCCAGUGUGCUGCAGUUGCACUCGACCCAAAGGGAUUCAAAUAACUGCUGA